AAUGGAACAAUGCUCACUUAAGAUGGAUUUUAGAAUCGGAUAUACAAGUCAAAAUAAUUUUCCAUUCGAUUAUUUUCCAUGCGGAUUACUCGGAUACGGAAGUGAAUAAGCUGUCAAAAAUUGUUGAGUGAAAGCGUGAUAACAGAUUUAAAUUCAAAUGGCUUGGCGUUUUAAAGUGUCAAAGUAUAAAAAUGCUGCACCAAGGUACCCAAAACGAGAGGAAUGGAUUCAAGAAGUACCUGUUGGAAUGUUGAUGCACUCAUGUGGGAAUCAUAUAGCAGCUAGUUGUCAGUAUAUAGCUUUUAAUGUGGAUUCUGGUGGAGGCGGCAAUGUUGGUAUAUUACCAUUAGAGACCACAGGGAGGAUAGGACAUUCUAUGCCUACACUUAAUGCACAUGGAGAUUUUGUUACUGAUAUGAAAUUCAGUCCUUUCCAUGAUGAGAUAUUGGCUACAUGUUCUGCUGACAAUAUUAUUAAAGUUUGGAAUUUACCAGAAACGGAGAGGCUAUCUGAAGAGAUUCAUAUGGUAUCUCAUUCUGCCCAUCUUCCAGAACAAGAACGUACGAUAGAUGUUCUCUCAUGGAACACUGUAGCUGAUGAUAUACUUGCUGCAGCCACUGAUAAGACGGUUAAAGUGUUUGAUGUGUCUGUUGCCGAGGAGAUCUGUGACCUGAGCAUUCAUGAAGAUCAGAUACAGAGUUUGUGUUGGCAUGGAAAUGGAACAGUCAUGGUCACUAGCUGUAAGGACAAAAAAAUACGAGUUCUUGAUCCAAGAUCCAAAUCUGUUGCACAGGAGUGUGUUGGACACAGUAGUAACAAAGAUUCACGUGCAGUAUUUCUUGGAGACACUGGUUAUAUCAUCAGUACAGGUUUCAAUACAGGAAGAUCAAGGGAAAUGAAAAUGUAUGACAGCAGAAAUUUAGGCCAGGCAUUAAAAUCUGAGGACAGAGACAAUAAUAAUGGAACACUGAUGCCAUUGUAUGAUGAAGAUACAAAUAUGCUGCUUUUAGUUGGAAAGGGUGAUACAACAUGGUCAUAUAUUGAAGUGUCUACAUCAGAUCCAUAUUUCACUCAAAAUGCCAUUGAAAGAACAGAGAAGAAUGAACAGAUAAAGGGGGCAUGUCUAAUACCUAAACUUGGUGUUAAUGUGAUGGAAGGAGAAGUUGAUAGACUGUUAUUGUUGUUACAUAAUACAAUAGUGCCCUUACCAUAUAUAGUACCUAGACGGGUGAGUCACUUACCAUAUAUAGUACCUAGACGGCAAUAUAAAGAUUUUCAUGCAGAUUUGUUCCCGGAUACAAAGUGUGAGGAACCCGCACUGUCUGCUGACCAGUGGUGCUCUGGACAAAAUGCCCAGGUAGCAAAGACAAGUUUAGAUCCAAUUAAAAGAGGCACUGUUACAGUUUUACGGAGACCAGACAAAGAACUUAGAAGUAAAGGAAAAGCACAGGGGAUGUCUCAAGAUGAUGAUUUUCCAGUUCACAAACCAAAAACAUCAACUUCGUCACCUAGUAAACCAGCCAGUGUUCCUAGUAAACCAUUGACAUCAGUUCAUAGUAGUAAACCAGAACAGGCCAGUAAACCAGUACAGGCAGUUAAACCACUACAGGCCAGUAAACCAGUAGACCCACCGGCUCCAGUUGUACCGGCUGAACCUAGUAAAGCUUCCAAAACAUUUGCAGCAAUGCAUUCAUCAAAGUGUAAAUACAUGAAGGGUGUAUCUGAGCAUGCCAGUAAACAUAUAGUUAAUUUGCGUCGCCUGUGUCGAACAUUACCAGGUCAAAGUGACCUGUUUGUAGCUAAUACAAAAAGGUGUGCUGUACCACUAGAGGGCGCUGGAGGACUUAUAGCCAUUAUAGAGCUAGAUAAACCUGGAAGGUUACCUGACACAGGUAUACCAGUUAUACAGAAUGGCAGUAAGGUGAAUGACUUUGUGUUUGAUCCUUUUGAUGAUACAAGAAUUCUUGUAGGAUGUGAUAAUGCUAAGAUUUACAUCUGGAGUUUACCAAAGGAAGGUCUUACAGAGACUUUGGAAGAUUAUGAUUCAUAUCUUAUGAGUCAUACAGAGAAGAUCUAUUUCAUACGUUUUCAUCCACUGGCCAAAGAUGUAGUUUUGACAGGAGCUUAUGACAUGUUAAUCAAAAUCUGGGACCUGUCUGAUAAUACAGAACAAAUAGAACUUACAGGACACCAGGAUGAGAUUUUCUGUGCUGAAUGGAGUCCUGAUGGUAAAUAUAUAGCUACUGUGUGUAAAGAUGGUAAAAUCAGAAUAUACGAGCCUCGAGCCUCACCUGAACCUAUUAAGGAAGGUGUAGGGCCUGAUGGGAGUCGAGGUGCUAGAGUGGUCUGGGCUUUAAACAUGAAAUACCUAGUAGUUUCUGGAUUUGCAAAGACGAGUGCUCGCACUGUGAGUGUGUAUGAAGUUGGUAAGUUAGGAGAGCCGUUACACAUUGAUGUAUUAGAAGUAAAUCCAGCCAUUCUUAUACUACAUUAUGAUGAGGGAACUUCUACAGUAUUCCUGACAGGCAGGGGAGAUGCUACCAUUUUAGGAUAUGAGGUAUCAGAUGAGUUCCCACAUUUGUUUCCCCUAGCAACAACAAAACCUGAGGGUACACAUCAAGGGAUAGCCCUUAUGCCAAACACAACAUGUGAUGUGAGGAAAGUUGAGAUUGCCAGGAUGUGGAGACUUACUCAGUCCACUUUAGAACCAAUGUCUUUCACUGUACCAAGAGUGAAGCCAGAAUAUUUCCAAGAUGACUUGUUCCCGGAUGUCUCAGUGUCUGGUAAACCAACAAUGACCAGUCAGGAAUGGUUCCGGGGCAUGAACAAAGAACCAGCUAAAAUUUCAUUGAGACCAUCAGAUAUGAAACCUUUAAGUGAGGCACCAGUGGAAGCUCCUAAAGCUAAGAAGUAUGACAGCUAUAAUCCAGACACUUAUAAAACAGAUGAGAUGAAGAAAGAGGAGUUAAUUACUGCUAUGACAAACAAAUUAGAUACUAAAGAUGAACCAUUACCACAAGAUGAUGCUGAGGGGGUAGACUCAGAUGAAUGGGAGGACUACUGAAUGAUGUUUUUGGAGACGUGGUGAUGGAGGUGGUGACAAGAAAUGGACCAAACAGUGCAAUAAUAGACAACAAUAUUGUUACCUUCGGGGCCAAAUAUAUUUCAUUUGAUCUGCUACAUUAUUUUCAGCAAUAAUUUACAGUUGUUUAUGUUAAUGAAAGUUAUUGUUUCUUUGUUUAAAGAGAAUAUUUCUACAUCACAUCAGAGGAGAGCAUAUUGGCAGUUUUUAGGUUUUUAAAUUGUACAUUUUUUAUAUGCAAGGUUUUCACUGUCUGGGCUGCCACAUUGUUAUUGUUAUAAAGUAUUAACAUGGGACCAAAUAAUGAUUAAAUAUAAUGCAUAUUUACUUUAACUUACAAACUGUUGUUUUGCUUAACACUUUAUAGAUGAUAAUAGUAAUAGUAAUAAUAAUAAUAGAAUUGUCAUAAUUCCUGACAUAACUUUGCAAUUUUAAAUCUUAAAAAAAUCAUGAUUUUUAGUACAAGAAAAAUGUCAGAAUAUCAAAGAUCAAGAUCUAUUGCACACACUUUAUCAACUGUGACAUUUGAAUGGGUUAAACUUCUUGGUUUUUUUUAAAGAGUUUGUUGUUUAUUUUAAGAAUCACAUAAUAAACCUUUUUUUAACACUUGGUCAAUUAUAUAUUAAUGCAGAAAAUGACAUCAUUGACAUUAACAAUAGAAAUAAAACCAAAAGAGCAGCUGUUGUUACAUGAUUGUAUUUACAUGUAUUAAUAGUGUUUCCAGAGUCUGAGUGUGUUCAUUAAAUAAAGUUUUUUUUAAAGUUUAACUUGGUAAAUUUGAUCAGUUGAAAUAAGAUACAGUACAUGUUUAUUGUAAGACAUUGGUGUUAAAGUUUAUCUGUGUUUGUUACAUUUGUUAUUCAUAUACAAUGAUAACUGUACAGAGCUGCAUUACAAAUUCUUACGUACAACAAAACCCAUUACUUAUUUACAAAAUGAGGAUUAUCUAUUGUAUAAAUUCUGACAUAGCAGAGAUAAUGGUACUAAUUCAGGUAAAGCAAAGAUCCUUUUAGAUCAAUUUAGGCAACAAACAUUACUGUCAUUCUUUAUCAUUAUUUUUAUCCAGUGCUGCAAGCACAGUUAUACAUGUAUAUCCUUUCAUUUUAUUCACUUACAUAUGACAGAUAUAAAUUUGAUUUAGGCAGCAAAUGCCCGGGUUACAUGUAAAAAUAGAGACAAGGAAAGAUAAGUAUUUGGGGGGAAAAGUAUAAAGUGGCUAUAUAAUAAGUAAGGAUCAAUUUUCAUACUACAAUUCCAAACAAAGAAAAUGAGAUCAUAAGCUUUACGUUUUAUAUUUAUCCAAGUUUGUGAAAUACAGUAAAACUUGUUGAGCAACACACCUUGUGACAUGCUGCGAGGUGUUGCUAUAUAUAGAUAACAAAUUUAUUUUGAAGUUUUAUUUUAACGAUACUGUUAUUGUGAAAGUGUUUGUGCUAUACAGUCUACAAUAGUCUAUUGAAAAUGACUUCCAGAUAAAAGUGUCAUUGUGUUUGCUGUAACUAUACUAUACCAAUAGAUUUUAUAUCUUCACAUGUUUUAUAUUUUGUAUUGUUCUUUUAUCCUUGUGUUAAAGAUUAAUGGAUCUCUUUUCUUUGUCAUUCCACUAUUUUAAUAGUUAAAAUACUAGUUCAUUAUUAUUUUAAUACAAAGGUAACUUUUUGUGUUUUCAAAAGCUAUUUUGUAAAACAUACCAAAUAAAGAAAAUGUCUACAAA